GUUUUCGAGUAUGGCAGCUUGCCUGUGUGGCUACUUCUGCUUGUGGGUGUGGCUGCAAUGCACCAUCGUCCGACAGAUCAAUCUGAUCGACAUCUACACUGCAGCAGAGAACGGUAACACCCAAGAGGUGAAGGAUGUUAUGGAGAAGCUGGUGGAAGAGCUGAAGGAGUUGACCCGCAGCGCUUCGGCCGACAUCGACGUGAACAGGCCCGAUGUGGAUGGCAACACCCCUUUGAUGCUGGCAACGCGGCAGGGGCAUGCGGAGGUCUGCGAGUGCCUUCUACAAGCUGGCGCCUUAGUGAGCACCAGGCAUUCUGGGAAGCGGUCCCAUCCACGGAACUUUUUCACGCGUCCUGCCCAACGGGGGUGGACGGCGCUGCACGUGGCCGCAUGGCAGGGCGAGGAUCGUGUGGUCCGGGCUUUGCUGGAAGGCGGGGCCUUGGAAGAGGAAGGUGUGGACUACGUGGACCUUUACGGCGAAACGCCGUUGCAUGUGGCCACGCGCUAUGGGAAUUUGGAGGCCGCCCGGCUGUUGGCCUUGGCAUGUCCGAGAUGGACGGCGACCUUGGACUUUGGGGGGAAGAGGCCCUGCGAUCUGGCCCGAUCCGAGGGCCUUCGCAUGUCCUUGUCACAAAGCUGGGACUCCUGGGACCCCCUCCAGUUCCAGGCUCAGGCCCAGGCAGCAGCGGAGGAGCUGAACUUGCCGGCCUGGAGGAACCCGCCCCGUCGACCGAACGGCCAAGAAGAUUGGUGCUCGGUGCCGCUGCACAUCUCGAGGAACAAGGAGCUGCUGGUGGCGCCAGGCUUAUGCUCGUACAUCGCAGCGAGCUGCGGUGGGGCUUUAGGGCGGCUUUGCCUCACAAAACCAGAGGUCCGAGAAGUCCAGAACCAACCCGAAGAGGAGCGGCUAAAGCUGGAGGACCUGGUACAGAUUGAUCCCUUCGGCCGUGAGGUGAGUUACUUCGGCCGAGAGCUAAGCCCUUGGCAGAAUGCCCCCGCGCUGAUCGGCGAGGGCCGCUUCGGGGAAGUCUUCCGCGCGAAGCAUCGGCAGAGUGGCUCAUGGUAUGCGGUGAAGGUGUUCAAGACACAACAGCGGCCUGUCGCUCCGGAGGUGGUGAGGGAGUGUGAGGUGGGGACGCAUGUCCGUCAGACUCCACAUCCCUGCAUCGUUCGGCUGCACAUGGUGAACUUGGACGACGUAGGACUCUAUACUCUUGUGAUGGAGUUCUGCCAUACAAAUCUCCUACAGCAGCUUCGUCAAUCCAAGCGGGGGCGCGGAGCGGCCUUCAGGCCUCCGGCACAAACUCUCGACUGGGUUGGUCAGAUCUUCCUUGCCUUGGAGCACAUGCACCACAG